ACUGAGCGUUUGAUAGCAUUGUUGCAUUCGAGAACGACAGAGUCAAAUGUUGUUGAAGGGGAUAAAGCAAAGCUUCCUAGUACAUCGUAUCAAGUUGUAAAACCUGAUGCAUUUGCAAGUGGCACAUUGAACAAACAUGUGGAAGAGAGGGAAAUCAGGAACUUAGAUGCUGCCAUUUUAACACCUGUUGUCAAUUCUAGAGCCUUUGAAGAUGAUGUUGCUUCACCUGCUGAGCUGGCAAAGGCCUAUAUGGGGAGUAGGCCUACCAAACUAUCACUAUUACCCCUGAGACCACUCACUCAAACACCAAGACAGGAUUUAGCGUUGCUUAAUAACACAGCCACCUUCCCGAAAACACCUGCCACAUCACAUACACUAAAGACCACAGCUGCUAUUAAGACCUGCGAAAAUGGUUCAACCACCUUUAGAUCUCGAGGCAGAUCUGCUUUAUACGAUAUUCCACGCACACCGUAUUACAGAGGUCCUUCAACUUUAAGUCAAAAGGGUGUGGCUUCACCAUCUGUUUGGGAGCAUGAAGGGUCAGUCGGGUCAAGCAGAAUGGCUGCAAAACGUAGGAGUUCUGCACUCGAUGAUAUUGGGUCUGGUGGUCCCAUGCGUAGAAUUAGACAGAAGGCCAAUCUACAAUCACAGCAAAGCUCGCUCUCUCGGGAUAAAAGUCAACUUGGUUCAACUCAAAAGCUGCUUUUACGUAACGAACCCGAGCCGAAUGCUUUUAAGGCAGUAGAGGAAACUGGGGAGAUCAGUAAGCGUAACCAAAGUUACGGUUCAGUUCCUACAGAGUCUAGUAAAAUGGCGUUAAAAAUAUUCGAACAACUCAAAAGAAUUGAGUCCGAAGGAACAACCUUCAGGAUCCAAGCUAGCUGGGACUGGAACUACUGA